AUGGCGCCCUCCGCCGUGCCCGUCGACGGCUAUGCAGCUGCCGCCACUGAAUUGGCGAGGCCAGCAAAAAGGCUGCGCCUUGAUGCGCUAGACCCGAGCAGCGACGAAGAGCCCGCUGUCAUCCCCCCGCACCCGCUCGGCAUUAAGCCAGCGGGCAAUGCUCUGACAGCAAAUGCCAAUCUGAAAGCCAAAGCAGGGUAUUUUUCCAUCCUCCCAGACGAGCUCUUGGCGCAAUUUCUUGAAUGUUUGGAUGCGCCCGCCCUGCUUCGUCUGGGAGGCACAUGUAAGGCCUUGUAUGCAUUCACAAGAUUUGAUGAGUUGUGGAGGGCUUUGUUCACAGAAUCCAAGAAAACCGACUUCCAAUGGCGCGGCUCGUGGCGCUCUACUUACCUCUCUAUGCCCGAGUCUCAUGAAGCUCACAUUGACUGCUCCGGCUUGUUUUCUGACGUCCUUUACCGACCGUUUCAAUGCACAUACACUUCGCUCAAGCCAUACACCACAAGGAUUCCACCCGAAAACGCGAUCCCACGCAUGACUGAUCUGACACAUGACGAGUUUUCUACAAAGUGGACGAGUAAACCCUUCAUCCUUACUGGGCCGGUCAAAGAAUGGCCCGUGUUUGAAAAGUGGACGACGCAGCACCUUCUUGAGAAUUACGCCGAUGUCCCGUUCCGUGCUGAAGCUGUCGACUGGCCGCUUAAGUCUUAUAUUGAUUACAUGAACAACAGUAAUGAUGAGAGUCCGCUCUAUCUCUUCGAUCGUAGCUUCGCGGAGAAGAUGAAGAUCACAGUUGGCCGGGAUAAGGAGGAUGCUGCGUACUGGGCUCCGGCGUGUUUUGGCGAAGAUCUCUUCGGAGUGCUAGGAGAUCAACGUCCGGAUUGCCGGUGGAUGAUCAUGGGUCCGGCAAGAAGUGGAAGCACAUUCCAUAAGGAUCCGAAUGCUACUAGCGCGUGGAAUGCCGUUUUGACUGGUUCUAAGUACUGGCUCAUGUUCCCAUCGUCGGCGAACCUCCCUCCGCCGCCAGGAGUCAUUCUAUCAGAAGACUCGUCCGAGAUCACGGCACCACUCAGCAUUGCGGAGUAUCUCUUGUCUUUCCACGAAAUCGCUCGCGCAACUCCCGGCUGCCGAGAAGGAAUCUGCUACGCCGGCGAAAUUCUCCAUGUCCCAUCAGGCUGGUUCCACCUGGUUUUGAAUCUUGACGAGAGCAUUGCGUUGACGCAGAAUUUCGUCCCGCAAGCCAAGCUGGCCGACGUUUUGGGUUUUUUGAGGGACCAAGCGGAGCAGACAAGCGGUUUCAAGGACGAGGUCACGGAUCCCUAUGGGCUGUUCGUCCAGAGGCUGGGAGAGGCGCAUCCGGAACUCUUGGAGGAGGGCAUGAAGGAAUUGGAGAAGAAAGGGAAACCCAGAGGGCGGGGCAAGUGGGAGGAGCUAGUCAGGGGGGACGAAGCAGCGGAAAGUGAAAACCAGGGUGGAUUCACGUUCGGAUUUGGUGGUGGUGACGACGAAGAGGUUCCUUGA